AUGGCAGAGAAUGUUGAGGUGACCAGAAGUCAUAAUACCACUCCCACUGCCAUCCCUCCCACCAACAACGCACAUCUACUAUCCUCUUCCAACAACUCCUCAUCGCCAUCACCAAACUCGUCAACUCAUCCUUCGCAUCCCUCCCUCCACCAUAGUCCACCUCCUCUACAUGGCCAUGAGGCCACCUUUGUGCGACCUGCAGAUCUCCUGAGACCCCGCGCCAUUUCUCGUCCCCUCACCCCGGCCAGAUCCGAUCGUCCUAUCGAUCGAGAUGAAAGAGCAGGCUUGAAAGCCAUCCGGGACUUUUUAAGAGUACGCACUUGUUAUGAAGUGCUUCCCCUCAGUUUUCGCUUGAUCGAACUCGACGUGGGCUUGACAGUCAAAGAAAGUCUGAAUAUCCUGGUUCAGUGCGGAAUCGUCUCGGCUCCGUUGUGGGACUCGACUACUUCUACCUAUGCCGGUCUCCUAACAGUUACCGAUUACUUGAAUGUGGUCAGAUACUACAAUCUCCACGCCGAUAAACUCAAAGAUAUCGACAGUUUGCUCCUGAGUGAUCUUAAAGAUGUCGAAAAAGUCCUCAAUGUCAAGGCUCCCGAAACUUUGUCCGUGUCGCCCGAAGCCAUUCUCUACGACGCUCUACGAAAACAGCUAGUUUCGCGUGCUCGACGUAUUCCCCUGGUUUCCUACGACAGUGAUACUCAAAGGACCAUGGUCACCAGUGUCAUCACUCAAUACCGUAUCCUCAAAUUUAUCGCUAUGAACGUCAAGGAAACAGACAUGCUGAGAAAGCCGCUGGAAACCAUCAAACUCGGGACCUACGGAAAGAUUGUGCGCUGUAGUAUGGACACUACCGUGUUGGACGUCGUGGACGAGAUGGUGACCAAGAAUAUCUCCAGUGUUCCGGUUGUCACCACUGAGGGAGUCCUGUUGAACGUGUUUGAAGCAGUAGAUGUCAUUGAAAUUCUCAAGACCGGCGAUUACGGCAAUCUCACCUGGACCGUAGGCAAGGCUCUUUCUGCACGAUCACAAAACCAUCCCGGCAUUUACUGCUGCUCGUUCGAAGACGGCCUAGACACCAUUUUUGAAACCAUCAAGAAAUCACGAGUUCACAGGUUGAUGAUCGUCGACGAUAACAACUAUCUUAAGGGGAUAUUGUCUCUCAGCGACAUCCUACAUUACCUUUUGGUUGAAGGCCAUGAGGAACCCAACCAGGCAUGA